ACGGAGAAGCAGCUGGGUCACUAUGAGUGGCAGCUGAAGAUCCCGGGAUUGCUGUCUGCCUCUGGGACCCAGGAGAGGGAGGAGCUACUAAAAGACCCAACCCAAGGAGAGCUCUGUGCCCUGGUUCACAACAUCAUCGAGAAGGUGAAAACAGAGACUGCUUCUGACCUGACUAUUGUCUACGGGGAGAAGAGCCAGAGGACUGCAGAGCAGCACGAGAGACAGCUGGAAGAACGGCAGAGGAUACAGAGUGAAGAGAGAAAACGGCUAACAGAGACACACCAGGCAGCAGAGAAAGUGUUGAAGGAGGAGGUAGAGGAGCUGACUACAGAGCUCCACGUGUACAAUGAGUUAAAGAAGAGAGUUGACGAGUCUACCUUCAAGAAGGACCUGCAGCGGAACAUUCAGUUCACUUAG